GGAACGGCAGGCCGGCCCGGGGGCGCGCUCUGCCGGGGGCGUGCUUCGUAACCGACUGCAUGCCCCAAAGACGGGCGAGCUGCGGCUUGUUGUGGAGCGGUUGCGGCCCUGGCCACCGUGGUGCCGCUAGCCUCCAGGCCGCAUGGCCCGCGGCCGCAGCUCGUUGCGACCCACCUACCGCGGUGCCCUCCAAUGCCGGCCUGCGGCUGCCCCGCCGCCGGGUCCCUGGGUCCCGCCGCCUCCUCCCUAUGGGGCUCUGGGCUGGCCGGCCAGACUUCAGCAAUGAAUUGGUGGCCUAACAACCUCCAAAGAUGGAAAAACCGAAGUCCGACGACACAUAGCUGUUGCCAAAACGAAGGGGAUUUGGUGAUGGAGGCUUUGUUGGAAGGAAUACAAAAUCGGGGGCAUAGUGGGGGAUUUUUGACAUCCUGUGAAGCAGAACUGCAGGAGCUCAUGAAACAGAUCGAUAUAAUGGUGGCUCACAAGAAAUCUGAGUGGGAGGGGCAGACGCACGCUCUGGAGACUUGUCUGGACAUCCGUGAUCGGGAGCUGAAGGCUCUGAGGAGUCAGCUGGACAUGAAACACAAAGAGGUUGGAAUAUUGCAUCAGCAGAUAGAAGAACAUGAGAAAACCAAGCAGGAGAUGGCCAUGGAGUACAAGGAGGAGUUAAUGAAGCUGCAGGAAGAGUUAAGCAGACUGAAGAGAAGCUACGAGAAGCUGCAGAAAAAGCAACUAAGAGACUUUAGAGGAAACACCAAGAGUCUUAGAGAGGACCGGUCUGAGAUCGAGAGGCUGACUGGAAAAAUAGAGGAAUUCCGACAGAAGUCUCUGGACUGGGAGAAGCAGCGUCUAAUUUAUCAGCAACAGGUAUCUUCUCUGGAAGCACAGAGGAAGGCUCUGGCUGAGCAGUCAGAGAUAAUCCAGGCUCAGCUUGCCAACCGGAAACAGAAAUUAGAGUCCGUGGAACUGUCUAGCCAGUCAGAAAUUCAGCACCUGAGCAGUAAGCUUGAGCGGGCUAAGGACACCAUCUGUGCCAAUGAGCUGGAAAUAGAGCGCCUUAAUAUAAGGGUCAACGACCUGAUGGGAACCAAUAUGACUAUCCUGCAGGAACAUCGGCAGAAGGAGGAGAAACUCAGGGAAUCUGAAAAGCUCUUAGAGGCUCUGCAGGAAGAACAGAAAGAGUUGAAGGCAAGUCUUCAAUCUCAAGAAAGCUUCCUCCUUGAGGCAAAACUGCAGAAGGAGAAACUGCAAACGAAAUUAAAGGCAGUUGACACUCAGCACUCAGUAGAAAGGCCUCUGGAGGACUGUCAGAAGGAAAGGAAGUACAGCCCGCCAGGCCAGGGAGUCUUGGAUAAUGUGUUCUCCCAGUUGGACUUGAGCCACAGCAGUGAAGAACUUCUGCAGGCAGAGGUGACUCGUCUUGAAGGCAGUUUAGAAUCUGUGAGUGCAACAUGCAAACAGCUGAGCCAAGAACUAAUGGAAAAAUACGAAGAGCUGAAGAGGAUGGAGGGGCAUAACAAUGAGUACCGGACGGAGAUAAAGAAGUUGAAGGAACAGAUUCUGCAGGCUGAUCAGACUUACAGUUCUGCCCUGGAAGGAAUGAAGAUGGAAAUUUCCCAGCUAACUCGGGAGUUACACCAGCGAGAUAUCACCAUUGCUUCUGCCAAGUGUUCCUCCUCAGACAUGGAAAAGCAGCUGAAGGCAGAGAUGCAGAAGGCAGAAGAAAAGGCCGUAGAGCAUAAGGAGAUUCUGAGUCAGCUGGAAUCUCUCAAAUUAGAGAAUCGCCGUCUUUCCGAGACAGUGAUGAAGCUGGAGCUGGGCUUGCAUGAGGCAAAAGAAAUUUCACUAGCAGACCUUCAGGAGAAUUAUAUUGAGGCAUUAAAUAAAUUAGUGUCUGAAAAUCAACAACUACAGAAAGAUUUGAUGAGCACCAAAUCUCAACUGGAGCAUGCUACUCACGUGUGCAAAAACAAAGAUGGCAGGACCUUUAACCCAGCACAUAGCAGAGCAGCCGGGCUCAGGAAUGCAGAGCUUAAGCCAACCCAUGGCCAGCACAGACAUGAUGGAAUAAAGACUGAGCAGUACAAAACAGGUCAACACCCGCCUCGAGGACAAACGCUGGAUAGCAUAGACCCCGUGGCCAGGGGCCCCAGCCCCCUGAGUUCUCACAUCAGCCCCGACAGCUCCAUCGUCUCUCUGCCUUCCAACUUUAUAUUUCAGACUCACUCUUUGCCUUCAAUGCUAGAUAUUAAUGAUGUCAACUUUUCUGACAGUCUGUCUGACUGUAUGAAUGACCAAGAAGAGUUUGUAUCUUCGUGCUCGCUGCCCGUCUCUCCUCUGGGAUCGAUAGCUACCAGGUUUCUAGAGGAGGAGGAGCUGAGGUCUCACCAUAUUCUAGAGCGCCUGGAUGCCCACAUUGAAGAACUAAAAAGGGAGAGUGAGAAGACGGUGAGGCAGUUCACAGCCCUCGUGUAGCCUGCGCAGCCGCAGACAGAAGACUGGAUUAUAAAGUUCUAAUAAAGCGAUGCCUGCAAGAGCAGCACUGAAGAAUCUGCAAAUCGGGCACUUAGGUAUUUUCACUGGUUUGUUUGAAGGACUGCUUCCAAUAGUAACUUGUGAGAAUAAACCACUUUGCAGACUUUU